AUGCAUAAGAAGCGAAACUAUGGUAACAAAAGAAUUGACAAUUGGUUGAUAUAUUUACAAGAUUUAAUACCACAAAUUAUUGAAAUAAAGUAUAGGCGUGGUAUUGACAAUAUCGGUCAUGGUUAUCUUACUCGAUAUGAAACAAUUGAUAGUGACAAUCAGCAACAGUCACUUUCUGCCAUCACUCGAUCUAUAACAAAACAAGCAACUACAAGUGCUUCGUCAUUACCAACCGUGACCGAAGAUCACCCGACAACAUCAACACCUCUACUUAAAUCUACCUCAAUUUUAGACUUUUCUUUGGAAAAGAUCAAAAGUGAACAAAUCAUGAUAUUGAUAUUCAACUUAUUAUUUCACGUAUUCAUGCCCAACAGAAAAUGGAUAACUAUGUACUGUACAGCAACAUCUUAUUUCGUCUUAUCACCAAGAAAAACGAUAGUACCAAGAGCACGUUUCCUUAUUUACCUGUGUCAAUGCUAA